CUUAUUUUGGAAGCCUACCCUACCCUACCCGACUACUUAACCUCUCCAAGGGUGUCACGUCUCUGCCUCUUCCUCCUCCUCUCCAGAUCUCCCCUUCUCCUCUGAUCUUCCUCGGAUCGGAAGCAAAAACUAGGGUUGACCCCAGGGAUACCAAGAAGAUCUCAUGGCCACGGUUCCCAUGGCCUUGGCCAAGGCCUUCGAGGGAGGUCCGAGCAACCUUUGUAUCGUAAGGCUCUGGUCAUGGCCGUGGUGGCCGCGGCUACCUUGUGCCAUGCCAUGGUGUUGACUCUGGUCAUACCAACCAUGCGACCGCUCUGUCCCAUGGUGUUCUGCCAAGAGGGAGUAUCUACGAAUUGUUCCAUCUUUUUCUGAAGAAUUCAGUAUCGAUUUGGUUCUAUUUUGUUACAACAACAACAACAAACCUUGAGUGCCAAACAAGUUGGGGCAGGCGAGAGAUGGCAAGUUUUUGCAACAAGGGAGCAAAAUCCUCCAAUGCCCGGCUUCCCACAGAACAACCCCCUGGCCAGAAAUCCUCAAUGCACCAAACCCUUGCAACCUAAUCCCAUUGGGAAAAAAUCCCCUUCACACGGAGUCUCUCGGGCCGGUACAUUCAGCCCAGCAAACGAAUCACUAUGAGCCCCAGCAAGCCUUGAUCCAUGUGGCUGCCUCUGCAACCUGUUGGGCCGUGCCUGGUCGAAAAAUCAGCGCCAGCCCGUCGGAUCACUGGUCAAGAGGCCCAUUUCCACCAGCAUAUAUAAAGCUGCCUGCCUCCGGAGUCGCGAACCCUAGGCCGAAGCCCCCGUCCGCCUCCGCCUCCGCCUCCCCCCUUCGUCUUCCUCGCCGGCGGCGGCGCAGGACGAGCUCCCGCUCUCAAGCGCGUGGCCAUGGCUGCCUGUCUUCGGUCGCUGGCCACGGGGGCGCGUCCUCUCAGCGAGCGGAUCCUGCACCUCACUCCCAUGCUCUCCGUCGUCCUGGCGGAGGACUGCUACCUUCAGGGCCACUAUGGGUUUCUGAGUGCGCCUAUGGAUCUCGUACCAACAGGGUCACCGUCUUUGAGCGAGGUGCUUCGCGAGGCUGGCAAGAGGUUUUCUGCGUCUGUAAUUCCCGAGGAGUUCCGCUUGGCCUCGCCAUCGUUCCUUGAUGAGGGUAUCGAUUUCUGCGGAACUGUUGAGAGGGGCAUACCGUAUUAUCCUUUGGGCUUGUCAGCUGGCGUCCUGGGUGCCUUUCUGUUAGCAGAGGCUGCUUCAUCAGAUGAGCCUAAAGAAGAUUCAGAAGUAUUGGAUGGUUCGGUUGUGUCCGGUGAACCUAAUGGAUCAGGUCCCAAAAAGAAUCUGUUUGACCGUAUCAAAGAGAAGUUUGCUUCUUGGAAACAUAAUCUUAGUCGAGAUCUUCAGCAGGAAAGGUCAGACCUCGAGAAGGAGAGGCUUCUGUUUGAGAAGCAGAAGAGUCGCUUUGAGAAGCAGCGUGUAGCCAUUAGGAAAGAGUGGAGAGAUAUUCAGAUGGAGAAGGCUCAUAUGUGGGAGUGGGGCAAGGACUACUUCGAGAAGAAGCUUGAACAUGAGAAGUUCAUGGAUGAGGAUAACAAGUUCCAUAAGCGAGUUAUGGCUGACAAAAAGUUUGAGCGGUUGCAACUGGAAUACAAAAUCGCCAAGUUACCAAAAGUUCCGAAUGAUGGUGCGAAAGAAGAAGGCCUGUACCGCAUGGCCUGGAGGGGCUCGCUCUUUGCCCUCAAGUUACCUGGCGACUUGGUUACCGAUAUGCAGUCUUUUGAGAAAAGUUCAGCUUUCUGGGUGGUUAUCCUUGGAGGGGCUUCUAUUUCUUACUUCACGGUGGGCAAUUUCAAGGCUUUUGUCGAUGGGCGCUUUGCUGCUAUCGAAAGGCAUGUCAAUCGCAUUCUAGGCCGGACCCCUGGGCCUAACCUGUGUUUCUGUGGGAAGCCAUACCCUGAGCUUUGCAGUUUCUGUGGGGAGCUACUUCCCGAGUUUGAUUUUGUCAUUGUUGACUAUGACCGCCCCCGCCUCAGCAUCGUGGAUUGAGCGAGCUUGCUACAGCAAGGUGCUUGAGUUUUGGUGUCGAAGCAAGGCGUCGGUCCAGCGAGCGCGGUGACUCAGAAUUGCAUACCUGUGGCGGUCUGAAGUUGUAAUGUUGUCUGGCUACUUAAGUUUUGUGCGUGGUAGUGAACCUUUGGUGGAUUCUAUUCUGUUAUCUUCGUCGCUGUUAUUACUUUGGAGUGAACCAUAUGGUCGGAAGGCUACUUAAGUUUUGUGCGUGGUAGUGGAUUCUAUUCUGUUAGUUUCCUCGCUGUUGUUACUUUGGAGUGAACCAUAUGGUCGGAAGGCAACUUGUAUCUGGCUGCAGAUUUUGCAUUUCUUCAUUUGCCUUUGUCCAGCUAA